UCGAUCUGGUUCGAAUUCGAACUGACUUGAAAUUGGUAUCAUCAUCUAGAUUCAAUUCCAAUACAAUGCUUGUUGAAAAAAAAAAUGACUUCUCUCGUAUCAUAUGCCUCUAGAUUCUGGAUUAGUCGAACCAAAAGGUCAUAGAUUCAUACAUCAAUGAAUUAUGUUUGAGCAAAGAUAAAGAAAAUAACAAAUGGAAUUUAAUCAUUGACUAUCAUUUGUCAAUGAUGUCAAGGAUGGAAUGAGCAUGAUCAUGGGCAGAGAACGUAAGUUUGGGAAGAAUAAAUCUCUGGAUGAGAAAGAUGGUUUAGUUUGUUGUGGCAUAGAGAUGGUUCUGAUGGAGGAACCGGUCCUCGUUGAAGCUUGUUAUGUAAACCGUACCAUCGUCCCAAAUCCUUCUCCCAUAUCGGCGGUCUCCCCGAGCUUCCCUUUCCGAGCAAAGCUAGAAGACACAUCACCAAAAUGAAUCUCCACAUUCUUUAGUUGAAUAAGGAACGUUGAAAUGUGACACGAAGGCUAUAUAACAAAUUGGGUAAGAAGGGAACGUAUGAAAAUGAAAGAAGAAAACGUUGAUGGAUCUAGCUAUAUGUAU